AAAAAAAAAGUCGAGCCCAUUGAAACAUUGUUUUACUGUCCACCAUUCGAUCCUCUAUACGCCGUAUACACGGCAGAGGAACAAGGAAAUAUCUACGGGGCACCGGAAUAUAUUCCAUCGCAAAUCGAAAUAGACAUCCGAAACACAUCCGCCGUAUUCUAGCAAUUGGACCCGAAACAUCCCCUACUUCGUUUCAUCUCAUCUCUUCGACCCGUCCCGCGCCCGCACAACCAAUCGGUCACCACCCACAACCACCAAUUAUGGCGUCACCCAACGCCUCCUCCCCCUCUACCCCUCCACCGCCAACUCCAGCACAACAACAACAACCCCCUCAGAACCAAAACCCCUACAUCCACAACGUAGCCCUAGGCGUAACCCCCCUCGCCCUCCUCGCCCUCUUCCUCCCCCCCCGCCGUCUCGACGCGCGCACCCUCAUCCUAGGCGGCACCGCGCUCUGGGGCACAAACCAACUCGUCUACGACUACAGCGGGACCUCUACUUUUCAACGCCUGCAACACCAGGUCGGUUCCUUCGCGGGGACGGAGUUACCGGAGAAAGCGCGUGAGACACAGAUUAAGCUUCGCGCGGAGCGGGAACGGAGGCGGUUGUUACAAGAGGGAAUUACGAAUGAUGGGUUGACGGUGGAGCAGAGGAGGAUGAUUGAGGAGCAAAGAAAGAAAAGGGAGGAUGGAGGGACGGGGAAGAAUAAGGAGGAUAGGGGGUUGCUGGAGAAGGUGUGGAUGGGUGAUAGUGGGGAUGAUUGGAAGGAGAAGAGGGAACAGCGGGAGAAGGAGGCUUUGAGUGAGGGUGGAGGGGGGUAUUGGGGGUUGAUUGUUGAUCAGAUCUCGGAGGUUUGGAGUGGGAAGAAGAAGGAUGAUGGAGAGGGAAAGGAGAAAUACAAGGAUAAGACGAGUGAGCAGAAGAAAUCGUGAUAUCAAUCUCGGGUUUAUGGAGUAGGUCGGCCGGAUUUGCAUAUACUGGAGCAUACUGGACUGGAGUUAUCAUGGUUCGGGAACAUGUAUACGAUGUGUAGUUUCACGCCAAAAUACCAGUCUCUUCUAAGUUUACGUUUGG